UGCUGUCAUCGAUUGCCCAGGUGUUAUCGAUUCGCCGAUUGUGAGGCUUGCUACAGUUUCUUUUACUUCGAGGGAAAACGAAAAGUCUACUGUGGCUUAUUUUCCAACGCCAAAGCGAGCGCCUAAGCAGAAAGUUGCAGUCAUUUAAAGCCAAUACUCUGGGAAGAAACCAAUCGAGGAGCCGAGCAAAAUGCCCAGCAUCAAGUUGCAAUCUUCGGACGAGGAGAUCUUCGACACGGACAUCCAGAUCGCCAAGUGCUCCGGCACCAUCAAGACCAUGCUGGAGGACUGCGGCAUGGAGGAUGACGAGCACGCCAUUGUGCCCCUGCCCAACGUGAACUCGACGAUCCUGCGCAAGGUGCUCACCUGGGCCCACUACCACAAGGACGACCCCCAGCCGACGGAGGACGACGAGAGCAAGGAGAAGCGCACCGACGACAUCAUCUCCUGGGACGCCGACUUCCUCAAGGUCGAUCAGGGCACCCUGUUCGAGCUCAUCCUGGCCGCCAACUAUCUGGACAUCAAGGGCCUGCUGGAGCUCACCUGCAAGACGGUGGCCAACAUGAUCAAGGGCAAGACACCCGAGGAGAUCCGCAAGACCUUCAACAUCAAGAAGGACUUCACGCCCGCCGAGGAGGAGCAGGUGCGCAAGGAGAACGAGUGGUGCGAGGAGAAGUAGAGCGGCCUCGUAGGGACCAACAGCUGCAGGAGGAGGGAGCAGGCGGAGGAGUCUUGCCCCGCAUUCGAGUUGCUUUGCUUAGUUGCUACUCUCAUUUCACAUUUUUUUUGUAUUCUUACCUAAUGGACCCUCCUUUUGAAUUUGUAUAACUGAUCUGCUGCAAGCGUCCUUCGUGCUUGAUGUGAUUCGCGGGUUAAUUCGAUCGUCGUACAUAUAUCUUAUAAAUAUAUGCGAAAAGUAAACUCUAUGUAGCCUACAUAUGAAUAAGAACAUUUUGAUUUCACCUUAAUAAAUAUGUAUCUACCCAAA